CCGAAGAAACAUAGCCCUGAUGUCCGCAGGCAUUGAGAGAGAUUCCUCGGAGAACAUGAGGGACACUGCAUUUGGACACCAGUCUCUCCACAGUGUCCUGAAUGCCGUUCCCCGAGGUUUGACCCUGGGCCCCUCUCUGGCCAAAGAUGGACAGCUGGGACUGUGGUGUGUUGGCCGUGCACUACAGAAAGGGACCCUGUUAGGCCUAGACACAGCAGAGAAAGGCCAGGAUCCUGAGAGAUUGAAGGAGAUUUCCCCAAAAGAAAUAUGUCAAAAGGAGGCCGAGGGAGAACUGCUUGACCGGUUGUAUUGGGUGAGGUUUGCCUGUAACGCGCGGAGCGCUCAGGAACGGAACGUUAGUGUCUGUGAGGUGGAUGGAAAGUUGUGUCUGCAGGCUUGUCAGGACAUAAGCCCAGGAACGGAGCUUCUUACCUGGUCAGAGGACAAGGCCAGGUGCGCUGAAUCGGCGGAGCCAGACGAAAAGCCUUCGGAUACAACGGGAAAACCCCAAAAACAGGGCGCACCUCACAAAGCGCAGGAGGCACAGGGUGCAGACACAGUGGUUGCAGAGAAACCAGAGGAGAUGGCCAUAACACUUGUGGAAUCACUGGAGGAGUCUGAGGACAGAACCCCGGCGCAGGUUCAGAGAAACAGGCCCCGAAUUUUCCAAAUGAAAAGGAGACCUGGGCACAAACGCCAAACAACCUGUUCGUCUACGGGACCCAAACAGAACGGAGAGGACGAGGAUGGGGAUGGCGGGGAGAGGCAUGGACUUAAAGCGCUUUCUCAGCCUGCUGACUGUAAUAACACAGGGCUCACCCAAGCGGAAAGAGCAGUCCAGAAUGCAGAGAACACCCCUGAGCAAAAGGUCUCAGAAUUACCCGAGCAGCUUAGAGGAGCUCCGAGAGCCAGUUCUCGCCUGGCAGCUAAACCCAGGAAAGUCCACUCUUUGGCCAGCCGCAUCCACCGACGUCUGCAGCAGCCCAAGAGUCGAACCCAAGAGCAAGCGGGUCAGGAAAUGACCUCGUCGUCAGAGGUUACGAAUAGCGCCGAGACCGUCGCUACGGAAACAGGCUCGGCACUGAACGAGGGCACAAACUCAAAAGAGACCCAGAAACAGGAAUCAGCGGAACAGCGGAGGGCUCCAGAGGCCAGGCCGAGCGGCGAGACCUCUGACCUCCUGCACUUUAACACGCGAGAGAGGAGGUAUAAAUGUGACCAGUGCGACAAGAGUUUUUUUCAGCUGUGCCAUCUGAAGAAGCAUAAAUUCACCCAUGCACCCCUGAAGCCCUAUCGCUGUACCGAGUGUGGGAAGAGCUACAGCUCCCAGGAGAGUUAUCGCGCUCAUCUCCUGAUGCAUCGUGGGGAGAGACCCUACAAAUGCCAGCAAUGUGACAAGAGCUAUGGCCUGAAACGGGAUCUCAAAGAACACGAGGUUCUCCACACCGGCCAGAAACCCUUCGUCUGCGACGUGUGCGGCAAAGCCUUCGCCCGCCGACCGUCCUUACGCAUCCACAGGGAGAGCCACCGCAACAAAGAGGUCAACUACCAGCCGCCCAAAAUCAAGUGCCCGGAAUGUGACAAAGAACUGGCCAACACCGGCUCUCUUAGGAACCACAUGCGUCUGCACACAGGCGAGAGACCCUACGCCUGCCCCCACUGCGGCAAAUGCUUCCGCCAGCGGGGCAACCUGCAGGGCCACCUGCGCAUCCACACCGGAGAGAAACCCUACAAAUGCGACCACUGCGACCAGCACUUUUCCCAGGCUCCCGAGCUGCGGCGGCAUCUCAUCUCCCACACGGGGGAGGCUUACCUGUGCCCCGUGUGCGGGAAAGCCCUGCGAGACCCGCACACGCUCCGGGCGCACGAGCGCCUCCACACCGGGGACAGGCCCCACAAGUGCGAGGUGUGCGGGAAGGGCUACACCAUGGCGACCAAACUGCGACGGCACAUGAAGUCUCACCUGGACGAGAAGCCUUAUAAAUGCCAGGUGUGCGGGGCAGGGUACACGCUGAUGCAGAGCCUGCAGCGACACCUCCAGUCUCACAGCCACAAACCCGAAGACGCGGGGUCAGGGGUCGCGGACGCGGCCCACGCCGCACCCGUGAGAGGCAGGCCGAGGAAAAUGUGCGGUAAGGGGGCGGAGGCGGCAGACAAGAUGGAGGAGAUGGGACAGGCGGUGGUGUUUGUCCAGACCCUAAACGAGUUCGACGUGGUGCCUCACGCCGAAGAGGUGAUGGUCGGUUCCGGAACGUUCCACGGUGCCGCGGAAGAAGAGGAGGAGGAGGGGGAGGAGGAAGGGAGGUCCAAACGAAUAGAGCUGACAGAGGACAUUAUAGAAAUCAUCGUCUCCGACGGAAACGCCAAGUGCAUAUUCGUGCAAGAGCAGGAAGGACAGGGCAACGUGGUCAUUUUGCAGGGGGAGGACGGACUCCACUCUGUGGCUGAGACCAUAGAGAUAGAGACAGGAAUUUAA